UGCCAGUUUCUUGGUAACAUGGCGGGAAUCUAAGUCUCCUGACUGACUGAGAGUACACUGUGAUCGUGUUAUUGUUGUUAUAUUAUCCACGCCUUUCUACAAACAAUACAUAUAUACAGUAAACAUGCAGAGGGCCAUUACGUCCUUUUUCACCAAGUCUGCUGCUCCUAAGCCCAAGACCACAGAAAAAUCAGCUGAGGAGAGUCAAGAUAAGGCUUUACAAAAUGGCCCAAAAAAGGCAAGCAAAGUUGAGCAAGUUGAGAAAAAGGACAGUUCCAAGAAGGUUGAUAAAGCUGAGGGUAAAAAUAAAAGGAAACAAAAGAAGACGAGUCCUGCUCCCAAAUCUAAGGCCUCUCCUCUGAAGCAGAAAAAUGUGCCAUCGGAUGAAGUAGAUUCUCCGAUCAAGACGAAAAAGCGUACGAAAAAAACUUUCGUCAUUGAAAGUGAUGAUGAUGAGGAUGAGGAAGCACCUGAAGUAAAGCAGGAUGAGACACCUGAGAAAGCAUCAGAAGAAGUUGCUGAAAGUAAAUCAGAUUCUAAUGUGGCAGAGGCCUCGUCUCCAGAUAAAUCUUCUGUCGAGAAUACGCCAAAGAAAGAAAAUUCCAAAGCUGCCGUGAGUCCAACCAACAAUCCUCAGACUACUCCUACAACAUCAUCUGAUAAUGUGACAGCCACACCUGAGAAGACUCCAGCAGGGUACUACAAACGGAAAACUGCACGGAAAAGCAUGAAUUCUAACAGUGGAGUGAAGCGGAAGUCUUGUGAAGAGAAGUCCACAAGUCCACCCACUGAGAGUAAAAAGCGGAAGGGAGACGACUCAGAUGGUGACAAAGCUGAAGAGGACCAAGUGGAGACUGUGAAGAUGGAAAAGGAUGAUGAGAAAGAUGGAGAUGUGAAGGAAAAACCGAAGGAUGCUGAGGAUGAUGCCAAAAAGACUGAGAAAACUAAGUCUGUAAAAAAGAAUUCUGAUGAGAAAAAGAAAAAAGAGUCUCUGAAGGGAACAGGAAAAAAGACGUCACCGAAAAGCAAGAGGAAAUUGCUUGACGAAAAGGAGAAAGAAGGGAAUGCAAAGCAAAAAAAGACCGAAGCAUCUGUAAGUGCUAAAAAAGACAAAGAUAGUAAAGACAAGUCUAAAGACAAAGAUAAUAAAGACAAGUCUGAAGAAAAAGACAGUAGAGGCAAGUCUGAAGAAAAAGACAGUAAAGACAAGUCUGAAGAAAAAGACAGUAAAGACAAGUCUCAAGGCAAAGAUAGUAAAGACAAGUCUCAAGGCAAAGACAGGAAAAACAAAGAUAGUAAAGACAAGUCUCAAGGCAAAGGUAAUAAAGACAAGUCUCAAGACAAAGAUAGCAAAAACAAAGAUAACAAAGACGAGUCUGAAGAAAAAGACAGUAAAGACAAGUCUCCAGGCAAAGACAGCAAAGACAAGUCACCGAACACCAAGGAUUCCACUGAGAAGAAGAACAGUUCCAGCAAAACCAGUAAAGGGCUUGCAGUGGAAGGCAGUAAGAAGGCAGAUUUGGGAGCCGACUAUGACCCAUCAAAGAACAAGUUCCACCCGAUAGAGGACGCAUUUUGGAGUCAGAAUGAAAAGGUUCCCUACUUGGCGCUAGCAAGGACUUUAGAGGUCAUUGAGAGUACAUCUGCCAGACUGAAGAUGAUAGAGAUCAUGUGCAACUUCUUCCGGUCGGUGAUCGCGCUGUCCCCGAAGGACCUGCUGCAGUGUGUGUACCUGUGUCUGAACAAGCUGGCCCCGGCUUACCAGGGUGUGGAGCUGGGCAUCGGGGACAUGGUGCUGAUGAAGGCCAUCGCUCAGGCCACAGGUCGCAAUGUGGACAAGAUCAAAGAAGAUGCCCAGGAGAAAGGUGACCUAGGGAUUGUGGCAGAGACAAGUCGCAGUACUCAAAAAAUGAUGUUUGCUCCUCCAAAAUUGACAGUUUCAGCUGUGUUUACAAAGCUGAAGGAGAUAGCUUCUAUGUCUGGAAAUGCUGUCAUGGCCAAGAAAAUUGAGAAGAUCAAGGCAAUGUUUGUCGCCUGUCGCCACUCAGAAGCUCGCUAUCUGGUCCGUUCCCUGGGAGGCAAACUUCGCAUUGGCCUGGCGGAGCAGUCAGUGCUUACUGCCCUUGGUCACGCCGUCUUCCUCACUCCGCCUGGGCAAGAAUUUCCUCCUCCUGUGGUGGAUGCAGGGAAAGGUCUGGGUGCGGAUGCCCUGAAAAAGAAAUUAGAGGAAGCGGCUCUCAUAGUUAAGACCACCUACUGUGAGCUUCCCAGUUAUGAUUCCAUAAUUUCUGUCUUGUUGGAGCACGGAUUGCACGAGUUACGAUCACACUGCAAGCUAACUCCAGGAAUCCCCCUGAAACCAAUGUUGGCCCACCCAACCAAAGGUGUGAGUGAAGUGCUGAAGCGCUUCGAGAAUAUGGAGUUUACUUGCGAGUACAAGUAUGAUGGGGAACGUGCUCAGAUCCAUGUUUUAGAGGAUGGAAAAAUCUGCAUUUACAGUCGCAACUCAGAGGACAACACCAGCAAGUAUCCAGACAUUAUCCGGCGGAUGCCGAAAAUGUUGGGAGCAGAUGUUAAGUCCUGUGUGCUGGACGCGGAAGCCGUUGCUUGGGAUGUUGAGCGGAAACAGAUUCUACCAUUUCAGGUGUUGAGCACACGGAAACGAAAGGAUGCUGACGAGUCUCAAAUCAAAGUGCAGGUCUGUGUGUAUGCGUUCGACUUGCUCUAUUUGAAUGGUGAAGCCCUCGUGGACCAACCAUUUAGGAAGAGACGGGAGCUGCUGAGGUCUUCCUUCACAGAAGUCGAGGGAGAGUUUGUGUUUGCCAAGUGUAUGAUAUCGUCCAACACAGAGGAGAUUGAAGGUUUCCUGGAGGAAUCUGUUAAAGGGAAUUGUGAAGGCUUGAUGGUGAAGACUUUGGACGUUGAUGCUACGUAUGAAAUUGCCAAGCGUUCUCACAACUGGCUGAAGCUGAAAAAAGACUACCUGGAAGGCGUUGGUGAUACCCUCGAUGUGGUGGUCAUUGGCGGUUAUUUGGGGACCGGGAAAAGGACGGGCAAAUAUGGAGGUUUCUUGUUGGCCUGUUAUGACGAUGAGAACGAGGAAUACCAGUCAAUUUGCAAGAUUGGUACUGGGUUCUCGGAUGACGACCUGGAGAAGCACCACACCUUCUUCAAAGACAACGUGACGCCCGCCCCCAAGUCCUACUACGCCUGGGACUCGGCCCAUGAGCCGGACCACUGGUUUGAGCCUGUGCAGGUGUGGGAGAUCAAAGCUGCCGACUUGUCCAUCUCGCCCACUCACAAAGCAGCUAUGGGACUAGUUGACAGCAAGAAAGGCAUCUCCCUGAGGUUUCCGCGCUUUCAGAGAAUCCGAGAUGACAAGAAGCCAGAGGAUGCUACUACAGCUUCACAGGUAGCAGGAAUGUACAAAGCACAGAGCCAGAUACAGAACCAGGCUAAGACAGAUAAAGGAGAGGAAGAUCCAGAGGAUUUCUACUGAAAGUUGUCAUAUUAUGGCAUUGGAAGCUGCUCAGUUUUUGUACUUUUGUCAGUGUGUGUCUGUUAGCGUGCGUGAGCUUUGUGGGCCUACUUUUGUCUGUGUGUGUAUGUGAGCUGAUAUGAGCUUGGUACUUUUGUUAUCGUGUGUCUAUGAGUAUGCAUGGGCUUGUAUCAAGGUGAAGAAUAGUUGCAGUUGUUGUAGUGUUGGAUUGUUGAGACCUGCGCUUCUGAAUCAUUUCUUUUGUCGUUCAUUCUUGAUUCUCUGUCACAGAUUAUCUCUCAGCCCGGUCUAAAUUUUCAUGUUUUUAGUAACUCCCUAGUCUUGUUUCAUCCUCGCUGAAGGUAAAAGUCCUGUACUUGUAAAAAUGAGCCGUGGAUUACACACACAGGCAGUUACGAAACACUGAUUGCUGAUUUUGAUGGUUCAGUGUCAGUCUGUGUGAUGUUAAGAUUGUAUUUAUCACAUAUAUAUAUGUCUCUUCUCCAUGCCUUGGUUUCAUGAAUGGGUGUAUUCAGAAAUCUAGAAAUGGAAAUUUCCAUUUUAUUUCUGCUCAAGCUUUGCCAUUUUUACUGUGGUCAACUCAUGUUUGCUGUUCUGGCAUAGAUUUAGUCUGUCUGUUUAUACAUCUCACGUCAUUGUUCAUUGUCCUCUUUUUUGCUUAAUAUUUUUAAUGUGCUUAUAUGAAUGGUUUUGAUAGCUCAAGUUGUCCAUUCUACCCAGCUUAGAAGUAGAAGGUGAACUUUAUCAUGUCACACAGUGAUGUUGAGAAAGACUGAAUGGUUUAAGCGGACUCCUUAUAUGUGUGUUUUGGCAGUGAAUACAAUUUUCACUGUUUGGGUCAAUGCGUGUUGUUUUUGUAAUGAUUGAUGAAUAUUCAUCAAUUUUAGUUUGAACUUUGGGUUUGGAAUUGAAUAUGCAUGCAAUGGUGUGUGAGAGUGUGGGUGUAUGUAUGUUGUAUGUGUUGUGUGCUUGGGAGCUAAUAUUUUAGUGAAAAUGAGAGGAGAGGAGGAGACAUGUUGCGUUGUUCUGAUCCUGUGUAGUUGCUUUUUCUCCCUAAAUCAGCUGCUUCUUCUUUCCUAUCAAACAUCUAUCGUCCUUAUCUCCCCUUCUUCUUUUUUAUGUUUGUUACUCUCUUGUGACACCUCUAAUCUUCUGGCGUUCAUAUGACCUUAUGCAGUUGCGAGCGCCGUAAAACCUCUACUAAAACUAAAACUAAAACUUAAUCAGCAAAGGUGAAGGGUUUCGUUUUUCACGAACUCUACAAGGUUUUUAUGGGAUGUUUUCAAACUUCAAAAAAUGUUCUUGAUGGUUAUGGUUUCUCUGCCAGGUAGCUCUUUUAACGGAGUCGGCAUUGAAAGAGCAGAGAAAAAGAAACAUCUUUGGAAUGCAGUUGAAGAUAACCAGAGGUGCCAAUUUUCUGCAUGUAAAUUCGAUUUUCAGAAAUUGCCCAGAUUAUGCUGGCCUUGUGCUUGUCAUAUUACACUUUGUAAAAAAAUAAUCUUGAAAGAUGUAUUAAACAAUAUGGUCUGUAAAUUUUUUUGUCCUUUAUGUGUGUUUUCACAGGUUACUUAAUUACUUAAUGUUCAGGAUUUUUUGGGGGUUUUUUGGUAGCCAGUUGGCACCUAUGUCUGAGAAAUGAAAUACCAUUCUCUUUGUGGUAGGGCUUAGUUACAACUGAAACUAUGCUCCUUCACCAUGCUCCUCUCUAUUGUGGUCUAGGCCUCAAUCUGUGUCUUGCUAUGUGUGUCUUGUGUACAUGGAGAUGUGGUGGAUGGUUCAAGAUAUGAUAGAUUUGUCUGUCAAUAGUAAGAAUUGUACAGUAUUGAUGAUGCACAUUAGAGGAAUAAACUUGUAUUCAUUUUA